CGUGCCUCACGCCCCGCCGCCGGCGUCGCCCGGUGUCUAUUAACUGCUGCCGCCGGCGAGGAGCUGCGCUGCCGGGAAGAUGGCGAGCCGCAGCCUCCGCCUGCUGCUCCUCGGUUACUUGGGGGUCCUGAGCUAUCGUAAAGUGUCUGGAAUUUCCAUUGAAACAGAUAACAAAAACGUAAAAGCAGAGGAGUUUAAGGAGGCUAUUCUUAGUUGUAAGCACAAGUUUUCCAAAAGUGUGAGCUUAAGAAUAGAAUGGAAGAAAAUUCAGUCACAAGGAGUCUCAUUUGUCUACUACAACAGUGAAUUUACAGGUGAUCUUCGAGGCCGAGCGGAAAUGCUGAAUACAGGAAUCCGUAUUAGAAAUGUAACUAGAAGGGAUUCCGGGACCUACCGCUGUGAAAUCAGUGCAAAGAGUGAAGAAGGGCAACGCCUGGGAGAGGCUACUAUUACCCUCACAGUAUUGGUUGCUCCAACUACUCCCGUGUGUGAGGUACCCAGCUCUGCAAUGACAGGAACAGUAGUGCAACUGAGCUGUAAGGAGACAGAAGGGUCUCCUCCAUCUGAGUACCAGUGGUACAAGAACGGUGUUGCCUUACUGGAAAAGACAGCAACAGGCAAUGCUAGAGCAGCAAAUGUAACUUACACCAUGAAUAAGAAGUCUGGCACUCUGCUGUUUAACACAGUUACAAAGAAUGACACUGGAGAGUAUUUUUGUGAAGCCUCCAAUGGGAUUGGAUUAUCUCAGAAAUGCUCAGUGAAGCGAAUGCAAGUUGAUGACCUCAAUGUAAGUGGUAUCAUCACUGCAGUAGUAUUUGUGGCUCUGGUAAUGGCAUCAUGUGGCCUUGGAGUAUAUUAUGCCCAGAAAAAGGGCUACUUUACAAAGGAAAGCUCUUCCCAGAAGAAGACCAACUAUCAAUCUACAAGUGAAAAGGAUUUCAAGCAUACCAAGUCCUUUGUUAUUUAGAAGAUUUCUGCCUCUGUGAGGGACAUCAAAUGACUACUUGUUAUACAAAAGUAUCAAAGGGAUCUUUUGACCUCUACUCUGUAAAUAGUUUCCAUGUACUACAUGCUGAAAAUAGAAACUGCCAAUGUUUAGAUCCAAUCAACGUAAUUGUGAUUGCUUUUCAGGAGCAAAAAGAAACCCCAAACUGCACAGGCCUCCCACUCCCAAGACCACCAAACCCCCUUAACUUAAAGACAGAAUUAAAUUUAAUAUACAAGUCAACACAUGUGAAGACUUCUUGAGCAACCUGAUCUAGUGGAAGGGGGAGUAGAAAUAGGUGAUCAAUAAGGUCUCUUCCCUGCCAAACCAUUCUACGAUUCUCAUUUUGUUCAUGUAUACACGCAGCAAUAUUGGAUUCCCUCUUACAGCUUGCAACAGUCUACUCAAAUAACUUUCACUGGUGAUCCUGCUACCACUACUUCUACUACCUGUCUCUCCAUCAUUGUCAAGGGCUCAAACUCUCCUGCAAUUCUGAUAACUUACUACCUUGACAUUGUACUGGGUUUGCCAAAAUCAUCUAUAAGACUGUAAAUAGUUGUGCAGACUUUAAACUCACUAUCCUGACAGAAUAAAGCAUCCUGUAAUUUAGUCUGAACCAGUGGUUCAUUGUCUAAUACAAAAUGCCUACAGCUUCUCUUCCACAAAGCAGUCUCUCACUUUCGCUGUAGACUGCAUACGUAAUUUCAUUCUGAAGAAAAAUCAUGCCAGUAUAACUCAGGCUGUAGUAUCUGGAUCCUAGUUGUUGAAGUGUCACAAAUAAAUAGUUGCUCUGAA